AGAGAGAGAGAGAGUGCGACAGAGAAGACUCACUUCUUCCGUUCUUCGACCUCAUCACUGUUUGAUUUUUAGCUUAGGUUUUUUUUUUUUUUAAUCUCUAGUUUGAUUCGGUUGCUCAUUCAUGGCGACGGCGUUCGAUCGAUGGGAGAAGGACCCCUUCUUCUACGCUGCCGAGGAGGUGCAGGAAUCCUCCGAUAGGAUGGAAUCGGUUUACCGACGAUGGAUGAUCCACGAAAAGAGACCGGGCGGGGGUGUCAAGGAUCUAUCUGCCGCUGAGCUACGGCGGGAGCUCCACACUGCCCUGGGCACCGCGAAAUGGCAGCUGGAGGAAUUGGAGAGGGCAGUCAAAUCUAGUGAUCAUGCACUUUCAUCCGGCGAAGAUACCGUAACUCGGCACAGCGAUUUUAUUGUGGCCAUUUCGAGCAAAAUUUCGAUGGUGGAGAAGGCUCUAAAGGAAUUGAAUGUAGAGGAUAGGAGGAGUGCUUUGGAGUGGGUAAGGCUGGACGAAAUUGAGAGGGACGAGCUUGCUCUUUUCCUUUCGUACCCCAAAAGUAAAGUAGAGAAGGUGUUACCGACAUCGUCAGGUGAUUUCCCCGAGGCAGAACAUAUUAUGAAUGGAGAAAGUUCUGUUUCUUUGAACUGUUGCCAGUCCAACAACUUCAAUACAUUGGACAUGAAGGAAGGGAAAAUGAAAGAUCACCAGAGUGUAGCCAGUGCUUGUGCUGAUUUAGGGGUAUGGAAGACUUCAGUUUCUACCGAGCGGUCUCCACAUAAACUAUUAAAUGAGCAGCCUCCUCCAAGGAUAUUUAAUCUCUCACAGUUUAGAACCGUGGAAGCAAUUACUAAGCCCAAUUGGUAUAGAAAUGGCUUUAGGAAGUGUAGGAUUCUUAGCAAUGAAGAUAUGAUGGAGACCAUACCAUUGCAGAAUAAUCAGCUGAGUCGGGACAUGGAUGCUUGCUAUGCGAAGAGUAAGAGCUGUCUUAGCGAUUGCACUGAUGAGUCUUACAAUAAGCAACUCUAUGGCUGGCUUGGAGCCUUUCAAAGGCAGAUUCAAAGGUCUCAAUACCAUGUACAAUAUAGACGACCUAUUCAAAUGAUUAUUUGGACUAUUGUCACUGUAUUUUUGAUUGAUAUGCUCCUCAAUUAGUUCAUGCUGCAGAAGAAAUGUGUCAUUGGUUUUUAUCUGGAUUAAAAGAUGCUAUCAGGCAUCCUCUUGUUCCUCUAGAGAUUGAAUAUUAUUUUAUAUUGGUGGAGAGAGCUAGAAUGAUUGAAAUUGAUGUUCAAAAUAUCCAAAAGGCGUGAAUUUCAGAAAAGGAAGAAUGUAGAUGUUGUGGGAGCUUCCCAGGAUUCUCAAACUAGAUCCUUUUUGCAAUCUAGGAAGUCUAAUUGGAAGAAGGCAAAACCCAGUAACAAUGAGAGUCAAAUGAGCUUAAAUAUCUGUAACAAAGGUGGAAAAUAAUACAAGGGAGAAUGCCUUUUUAGAACAAAUACUUGCUUCUUGUGUUGUCAACCUGGAUAUAUAGCUAAGAGCUGCCCUACUCUGGGGAAAGGAGAAUGAAGGAUGAAUGUGAGACCUUAGAAUAAUGUUGGCAGACCGAGGAUGAUAGAAUCAGUUGCUUCCACUCCGGAGCCAAGUCAAAGCCGAUCAAAUACUUAGCCUAGAGUAUAUGCAUUAUCUAAACAGGAUGCCAAGGACUCUACUAUUCAUUGUUAAAUCCAUAUGCUCGACCCUCUACUAUUCAUUGUUCUCAUUGUAAACAGGUGCGACACAAAUCCAACAAAUGCCCUUAGAGAAUUAUAUUGAGGGCUAUACAACAUUGAGAAUAUUAUUUAAUACACAAAGUUUGCAGCACACAGUGAUUACAAUGCUCCUAAGUACAUUAAUUCACAAAAGACCUUGUCUAGGAUGCAUGUUUGGUGGAUGAUUUUCUUUCACAAAGUUCACAUUCCGUUUCAAGCAUCACACAUGCUAAUUGAAUCGUGCUGCAUGCGCUCUUAACCGAUGGGUUGCUCAUAUGAUUACCCUUCAUAUGGAACUUGUGAAUUUUGACAUCCUAAAAGAACUGCACAAUAUAUGAAGACUUUCAUCACAUAUAUAUGGAUUCUAUGUUAGCAACCUCUCAAUACUGGAGAUUUCCAUAUAUAAAGGGGUUUCUUGUUUAAGGAUAAUCAUCUGUGCAUUCCAAGAAUGUCUCUCCAUGAGUUAAUUAUCCAAGACUUACAUUCUAGAGUAUUGGCCGCACAUAUUGGUUGUAACAAAAUUAUAGCAUCUAUUGAUGAUCAAUUUUUUUUGGCCAUGAAUGCGCCACAAUAUUACAAAAUUUAUGCAAGGAUGUGACGCGUUUCAAGCCGCCAGAUGCUAUACUCAAAACACGAUACUCUAUUGUCUAUUACUUAUGCUAGACAAUAUAUGGGAAGUAAUUAGUGUAGAUUUUAUGUUGGGUUUGCCAAUGACAUAACAAAAGAAGGAUUUAAUCAUUCUUGCGGUGGAUUUAUUUUUGAAGAGGGGAAAUUUUAUUUGUAUUCAAAAAAAUUUUGAUGCAAUUAAUAUUGCUAACUUGUUCUUUGUGAAAUUUGUGUAUCAUGGAAUACCAAAAAUUAUUGCUUUCAAUCGUGAUGUUAAAUUUGUAAGUUACUUUUGGCACGUGUUAUAGAGAAAAUUUGGCACAACCUUGACACUUAAUAUUGUGUAUCACUAACAUAAUGAUGGCCAGACAAAAGUUGUUAACUGCACAU